UUUUUUAAGCAACUAUAUAUGGUGCUUCGUGUGUCUGGCUCGUCAGUUAACCUACCAAACAACUUUCUCCCUCGCAUUAUGAUAGAUAGUUCAAUUAUUUGUUCUCAACGGUAUGUCUUCUUGGUUUAUAUCCAGCCAAAAGGAAACGUGUCAUUUUCGGAGGAUUAUCUCCCUCCAGUGCCAAAUGAUAUGGUGCGGCAAAACUUUUCGACUGCCAAGUUCACAAAAAAAUAUGCAUACGGAGUGCCGUUUGCAGCUAACUGGUUCCGAAUAAACUGGGGAUCAUUCAACAGAUCUUGAAUGCAAAUGCCUCUCAUCAAGAUUGUUCAAAGUUUUUUAUCUUUUUUUGUGCAGUAUCAAAUAAGAAAAUGUAAAUUAUAUUUAGUGCAGAAAUAAAAAGAAAUAAAGACAUCGUUACAUCCUU